AUGCUUGGGUUGGAAAUGUCCUCAAGAAAAGUCUUAUUGACUACGUUUGGGUCCAAUUCUAAUUUCUACAACAAUCCUCCUUGCCAGCACUCUGGGAAUAUUACCAACCUUGAAGAUGCCUGGCAGCAAGUAUACCUCCUGCUGAAAAUAUUUUCCUGGGAUUACCUGCCUGCUCCUGAUGCAGCUGGAAGUUCUGAUGCUGGUGGAAUAGCAGUUUACUGGGGUCAGAACGGAAAUGAGGGCACCCUGGCAGAUACUUGUGCAACUGGUAACUACGAAUACGUAAACCUAGCUUUCCUGACAAGUUUUGGAAAUUGUCAGACUCCAAUGAUUAACCUUGCUGCCAUUGCGAUCCAUCCAGCAGUGGUUGCACAAGCUUAA